GUUUUCUUCCUUCCUUCCUGGGAUCUCUUCUAUAAUGAAUAAAACGCCCCUGUGGCCGUAGGUAUCCAACCCACUACCACCAUGUUUGCUUUUACAGCUUACUUAGCGUCCCUGUGAGCUUUAUUGCCAUAACCAUAUGCUACCAUGUUACUGGUUUUCAGCUCUUGCUCUGUUUCUUCCAAUUCAGUAAAUCUUUUUUCUUGUUAUAAAUGCAUUAUUUCACCCUUUGUUUUUCACCGUCACCAACUGUUUGAUAAAAUUCCUCAACCAUUUAAAAGUUAGAGAACCUACCCUAACAAGAAGCCUUUCCUUUUUCUUGGUGUUCUUUUUGGACAUUUUGAACCCUUACAUGAGAUAGUUGCUUCUCUUACUUUUAUUGCCUUCCAAUGUUAUCGUUGAACAUGUAGCGGUUCAAAGAAUUGCUUAUUACAUACCCUUGUGAUUGGAAAGAGUUUGCUGGGUGGUGGCUGUACUUCUGCUACAUGUCUCACUUGUGGGUUCGAUCUCUUUCAGCCCAAAAGAGGCAUUUUUGUGCAGGAAUCUUAUGCAAAAGCAACAUUGGCUGCUCACUGUCGAAGAGAGUAAAUUACUCUAUCCCAACAUUCCACAGGGAGUGUAACCCUGUAAAUUCAUUGAAAUUGUCUGCUCAGUUCAACACUCCCUUAAGAUCGCUGCUAAAUAAUGCUAGUGCUAUAAAAGACGAUAGAAUUGUCCCACCAAGCAGGAACUUUUGUCAGUUAAUUGCAAGAUGGCAGCUUCGUUUGGCAUUUUGUUCAGCAGCUCGAAAUGAAAUGUCAGAUUUGGAUUCUGGUUUGGAUGAUGAUGUAAUAUGUAGUGAUUUGCAGCAGGCUGAUCUAGAUUCUGGGGAUAUUGGUAUUACAAAGAAAGAAAAGGUCGUGUAUGAAAAACCAAUUGACUUUACCAAAGUUGACAUUAAUUUGCUUCCAACUGUCAUUAUUGUCGGGCGUCCAAAUGUGGGAAAAUCAGCCCUGUUCAACCGGUUGAUUCGAAGGAGGGAGGCUCUUGUGUACAAUACACCAGAUGAUCAUGUUACUCGAGACAUAAGAGAAGGAAUUGCUAAAUUGGGUGAUCUGAGGUUUCGAGUUUUGGACUCAGCUGGCGUUGAAACAGAAGCAACUUCAGGGUCUAUCCUUCAGAGAACGACGAACAUGACUGCAAAUGUGCUAGCAAAGAUUCAAUUUGUAGUACUCCUGAUAGAUGUGAGAGCUGGACUACACCCUUUGGAUUUGGAGGUUGGAAAGUGGUUGAGAAGAAAUGCACCUGGAUUCACUCCUAUAGUUGCAAUGAAUAAAUCUGAAUCACUUUGUGAUGGUACUGGUUCUAUUACUGAUGCUGCUGAUGAAGCACGUAUGCUAGGAUUUGGAGAUCCUAUUGCCAUAUCUGCUGAGACAGGGCUGGGUAUGACAGCACUUUAUGAUUCUCUUCGGCCUUUGCUUGAGGAUUAUAUGCUCAAAGUCCUGAACAGUAAUUGUAAUCAACCAAAUAGCAAUUGUGAUAGCCAUGAUGACAACCAUGGUGAGGUUGAAGAGUUGUCUAAGUUGCCACUGCAGUUAGCUAUUGUUGGACGGCCCAAUGUUGGAAAGUCAACCUUGCUGAAUACUUUGUUACAAGAAGAACGUGUGCUGGUGGGUCCAGAGGUUGGUUUGACCAGAGAUUCUAUUAGAGCUCAUUUCCAUUUUCAAGGGAGAACCAUAUAUCUGGUUGACACUGCAGGUUGGUUGCACAGGACAGGUCAGGAUAAAGGACCAUCAUCAUUGAGCAUAGUGCAAUCAAGAAAGAAUCUGAUGAGGGCUCAUGUAGUUGCUUUGGUACUUGAUGCAGAAGAGAUUGCAAAAGCUAGGCGUAGUAUGACUCAUGCUGAAGUGGUUAUAGCAAGAAGGGCUGUGGAAGAAGGACGUGGAUUGGUUGUUAUUGUGAACAAGAUGGAUCUUCUAAGAGGGAAACAAAAUUCAAAGUUAUAUCAGAAGGUCAUUGAAGCUGUUCCUUUAGAAAUUCAGACAGUCAUACCGCAGGUUUCAGGAAUACCAGUUGUAUUUAUUUCAGCAUUAGAGGGCAGAGGCAGGAUAGCUGUCAUGCGUCAGGUCAUCAAUACAUAUGAAAAAUGGUGCUUAAGAUUACCCACAGCUCGGCUGAACAGAUGGUUGUGCAAGGUUAUGAGCAGACACUCUUGGAAAGACCAGGCUGCACAACCCAAGAUCAAGUACUUCACCCAGGUGAAGGCUCGUCCACCAACUUUUGUUGCCUUCACAAGUGGGAAGACACAACUUUCUGAUACAGAUCUCCGGUUCUUAACGAAGUCAUUGAAGGAAGACUUUGACUUGGGUGGAAUUCCCAUCCGCAUCAUGCAGCGGUGUAUUCCUAGAAAAAUCGGGGGUAGUGGCAGCAAGAGCAAUCAAUCUGCAGUGAGGAUGGAGGAAAGAAUAUUUUCUGACAAGAGAACUACUGCUGCAUGACACAACGAUUUUAGCUUCUAUGUUCAUUUCGCAUUUUUUCCUCGAGUAAAAGCUUGGUCAGAUGUUGAGUGAUAAUUCUGUGGAGGUGGUUGCUAGGGUAGUCUUAGAUUUCUCAUUUAUAGCCAAAAGAUAUGUAUUAACAAGAUGUAAAUUAAGGAAUGCGUCUAACAUUGGGUUGCAAUAGAAGCAAUACAAAAUUUGUAGGACACAAAA